AACAUGCUCACGAAAAUGGUCCUCGAUCCCGGGCGUAUGAUUCAGAGGGCAGAGGUCACUGAAAACCCUCCUGUAAACUUUGCACUGCAAAUCAACCAAUGCCUGAACUUCAAGAUCCAGCUUGAGAACUGUAUCCAGGACACGUACAACAACAUCCAGUUGGACAUGACCUACGUAGCCAAGGGCCAGAGAUCGGGCAUUUACCCGGCUCCCAUCCUCAAACAGGGCAGCACAGGAAUCUGGAGCAGCGGGCUGCCAUUUGAGCAGGAGUGUGGCUCAGACAACAUCUGUACCGACCGUCUGAAGGUGUCAUUCUCCAUGAGCGGCACCCAGUUCUUGGUCGUGGGGAGCCACACUACCCUUGGUCUGGACGUCUCCUUGGAGAAUUGUGGAGAGAAUUCUUACUUCACCGUGGUCACAUUCCUCAUCCCGAGGGGUCUUUCCUUCCGUAAGACCACCAUUGUUCAGUCGAGUCGCCGCGGCAAAAUUGAAUGCGACGAUGGGAUGGAGCCGGCUGCACUGGGGCUGCGAUCCGUGCGUUGUCUCAUCAGUCACCCCAUCUUCAGAACCAACAGCAUGAUGAAGUUCCACACGAUCUUCGAUGUGGACCCGCAGGCGGACUGGAAGGACACGGUGGAAAUCAGCAUCAACGCCAGCAGUAACAAUGAAGCCCAUGAUACACGAGGCAGCUUCCAAUUAAAGAGCAUCAUAGUUAAAUACGAGGUUAACGUCAUCAUCAAAGGUAUCGACUCUACACAAUACAUAAACUUCACGAUGAGCAAGGCUGAAACAAAGCCCAUCUCUCACGCUUACAAGGUGGAAAACUUGGAGCAGCGGAGUCUUGCUGUGAGCAUCACCUUCCUCGUCCACGUGAAGAUCUGGCCGGGCCUGACCUGGGAUGACCUGCAAUUGUCCAGCUCCUGGCAUGGGGACAAGUCCUGUCAGCAGAAGAUGGACCUGCCUCAGAUUGAGGCGAUGGACCCCUCAAAGAAGUGUAACAAGACCACCUGCGCUCUGUUUGUCUGUGACAUCCAAUCCUUGAGAAUCAGGGAGAGUCUGAUCUUCAACAUCGCCGGUAACAUCAGCUGGUCCAAUCCUGCACUGCUGAAAGCUGAGGAAUUGAAGCUGAGCAGCUUCGCGAGGGUGCGGUACGAUGAGAACAAAUACAUCCACAUCUCUCAGGCAACAACCAAGUUCAAGGAGGCAACGGUGACCACACGGGUGGAGAUGGUGAAGGAGCAGAAUAUGCUGCCAGUGAUCGUGGGCAGCACAGUGGGAGGCCUGGUCCUGCUGCUCAUUGUGGCCGCCGUCCUCUACAAGGUCGGAUUCUUCAAACGGGGCUUCAAGGAGAAGCUGGAAGAGGCAACGGAUGAGGCUGGAGAUGCGGGGGAAAUGGUGGACCAGCCCAGUGUGUCCCAGGCCUGAGGCCACUUUGCCCAGAAGAGGCUGGCCCACCACCCAUCCCAAACACCCACCAGACCCACCCCAUGUGGGUCCCGGCCCCUCCACCCUGGUUCCCUCCCCUCCCUCCAAACCCUUCCGUCGGGGUCCGAACAUCUCUACGCUUUCCCUCCAAACUCCUACCUGUGUGUCGUUGUCCCAUCUCCACCAAUGGUGUUCCUGAGGGUUCCAGGCCUCUUCCCAAACCCCUCCCCCUCCUUGUUUUUCACCCCCUUCCCCAUCUCCCUCCCUCUCGCCUUUUGCACCACAGCUUUGUCCCUAUCUAUUUCUGCCGCAAACACUCCCCCCUUCACUGGGUUACUUCCUGAACCUACUUCCCCUCCCCCUUCCUAUCUGUCAUCUCCAUCUUACUCCUUCCUGCUCUACCCCCCUCCCUCCAUCCUUCCAUCACUCUCUAAAAACGACCUCUUUACCCCCUGACUGCCUUUAAUGCACAACCCACUUUGAAACUGGUCUCUCAUCCCUCGAAUCGUCGAGAGAUCUGAUCCCUGAAACUCUCUGAUAUACGGUACGUCCUGCCUGAAAACCGCACCCUCCCUCUUCCUCCAGCACCUUUAUCCACCCUCCUCCUAUCACCCCCUCCUUCUCCCUUGCCUGUCCUUUCUCCCUCUCCCUUGGCGUGGGAGGCCAUUCGCAUCCUUUGUUAGCCGUCGUUACGCCAACCCGCACUGUGCAAUCCGGGAGUAAUCCCUCAAAGAAGGGGGAGGCUUCUCAAUAAACCUCCACUGCCUCCGAACACUCACUCCCUUCUCGACAUCUCCCCCCCGCAAAGCCCUCAACCCUAUUUGAGUUUUUCAAUGUCAACAGUCACGCUGCCCGUUUCGGCCUCCACCAUUGUGUGGCACUGCAGGAGGAGAUCAAGGUCCCCUAUCCCCUCCACCUCGGGUGCGUGGGAGGGGGCGGGUAGGGGGAAUAGAUGUAAUGGAGGGGGAAAGCGACUCUGUACAAAUGAAUAUUUUAACCGUAAUAAUUCCAGCCCAAUGAUUGUGUUUUGGUACCUCCUGGCCUGGAGGUGGCGCUGUACCUGAUCCUCCCAUCCUGGAGGUGGCGCUGUACCUGAUCCUCCCAACCUGGAGGUGGCGCUGUACCUGAUCCUCCCAUCCUGGAGGUGGCGCUGUACCUGAUCCUCCCAACCUGGAGGUGGCGCUGUACCUGAUCCUCCCAUCCUGGAGGUGGCGCUGUACCUGAUCCUCCCAUCCUGGAGGUGGCGCUGUACCUGAUCCUCCCAUCCUGGAGGUGGCGCUGUACCUGAUCCUCCCAACCUGGAGGUGGCGCUGUACCUGAUCCAACCUGGAGGUGGCGCUGUACCUGAUCCUCCCAACCUGGAGGUGGCGCUGUACCUGACCCUCCCAACUGGUGGGUCGGUGGACUGAUUGCAGCGGCAUAUAGCGGCUGCCAGCGGGCGGGAGCUGCACCAGGCGGGCAUCAGUGGAGGUGGCAGAGAGUGGAGGGAGGGAGGUAGACUUGCCAACUGCCCCCUAUUAGCCGGUACAUCCCGUAUAUUGGGCUAAAUUAGUUUGUCCCAUACGGGACCGCCCUUGUCCCGUAUUUGUAAUCUGUACAAAUUACAGAUUACAAAUACUACUACUCUGUAAUCACCAGAGGGUACGCUUGCAGAUUGAUC